AUGAGUCAGCCCAGCUGGUCUCUUUUCGUGAACAAGGUCGGUAUGCCAAACCUGGUUACCUCUACUCACAUUCUUGACAGCAUCCCAAUUACCCAAAUUGUGAUUUUUGAAUGUCAUUCCAACACUCAAGUUUCGUUGCCGGUAAUCUUGCCAAAUCACAGUCACACCAGGGAGCCCAUUCACUUGUGUGGUUUGAGGAUGCUGCUCAACACGGCCCCAAUAACCACCGAGCUCCAAUUGUUUGACGGGAGAAAGCUUCUGGUCUCUGAAAAAAACAACAACUCUUUCGGCCACCAACAAAGCAAGCUCAUCUUUCUGCUUAUCACUCAAGUCACUCAGCUGCAAUCCAACCAACUCGGUUCCAAUGUGCUUGGUUAA